AGAUCAAGAAGGAGAGUACUCUAUUUCAUAGCACCGUAUACCCUCCACACUCCCUCUUUGGCUUCAUCCUUCUUUCUACGCUCCUCUCCCUCUCAGCUCUCCCAUUCCACCCUGCUCUUCCUCCCACAGCACCCCCAUCCAUCAUGCCUCGCCCAUAUCUCAAGACGCCGCUAUGCGAGCUGCUCGGAAUCGAGUACCCCGUCAUUCUCGCCGGCAUGGCACGCACAUCCUCCGGCCCUCUUGCAGCAGCCGUAUCCAACGCCGGCGGCCUCGGUGUGAUCGGUGGACUCGGCUAUACGCCCGAUCAGCUCCGGACGAUCAUACACGAAAUCAAAGAGAACCUGAAAGACAAGUCGCUCCCCUUCGGCGUCGAUCUCGCUCUCCCUCAAGUCGGAGGCUCCGCGCGCAAGACCAACCAUGACUACACCCACGGCCACCUCGACGAGCUCAUCACCGUUACGAUUGAAGAGAAGGCUAGUCUAUUCGUCUCCGCCGUCGGGGUGCCGCCUCCACACGUCAUCAAGAGACUGCACGAGGCGGGCAUCCUCAUCAUGAACAUGGUCGGACACCCCAAGCACGCACACAAGGCUCUCAAGGCUGGUGUGGACAUUGUCUGUGCGCAGGGCGGUGAGGGCGGUGGACACACCGGCGACAUUGCCACAAGCAUUCUCAUCCCCUCUGUCGUGGAGGUCGCAAGGCAGUACACCAGUCCCAUGACGGGUAAGCCAGCAAUGGUCGUCGCUGCAGGUGGAAUCUACAAUGGCAAGUCCCUCGCGGCAUCGCUCUCGUACGGAGCUCAGGGAGCUUGGGUGGGAACGCGCUUUGUUGCAUCCGAGGAGGCUGGCUGCAGCAAGCUACACAAGGAGGCCGUUGUGACUGCUCAAUUCGAGGACACGCUUCGCACGUUGGUCGUGUCAGGACGUCCUCUCCGUGUGCGCAUGAACGACUACAUCAAGGGCUGGGAGGUAGAUCGACCAGAGGAGGUCAAGAAGCUGUGCGAGAGUGGCGUUGUGCCGUUACAGCAGGACAUGGACAACGAGGUGGAUGUUGACAUUCCUUUCUUGAUGGGACAGGUCGCCGGUGCGAUCAAGGCGAUUCAGCCGGCGGGACAGAUCUUGGAGGAGAUGGUGACGGAGUGUGUUGAUAUUUUGAAGGAACAGCAGAGCUUCUUGAGCCAGUCGGUCAGCAGCAAGCUUUGA